UUUUCAUUUCAAAAGCGAACUACCUGCUAUUUUUAUCCCAACAAUGACACUAUUAGGUUACUGACAAUGAAACCAUUAUUAUAUGCUGCAAGUAGGGAGCAUUUGAAUUGUCUUGAUCAUAUUUUACUGUGCAUUUUUGAAAAUCGAAACACUGGAUUUAUGUGCUGAAAAAGAUUGAAUAGCUGAAUGCUGGUAAAUUUUAACAAGAAUGGAAGGGGAUAUAAGUGUUUCAAAACUCAAGCAAGUCCAGGAUAAGGAAGACAAAGAUUCCAUCGUUGCUGAAAGGCUCAGACAAGAAAGACUUAGCAUUGUUAAUAAAUAUGCAAAGGGUCCUGGAGCCGAGGAUGAAUAUGAAGAAGAUGAUAAUAUAUAUAAGGUUACUGAUCAGUUUGGAUUCUUGCACAAAACCGAACUUGUUCCGUUAUCGAAACAGGAAGAAACGAAGAAAAAUGGCUGAAAAUGGUGCGAAAUUGGGACAAAUAUGUUGGAACAGAAAAGUUGUCAAAACGUGUAUACAAAGGAAUUCCGCAUGGAAUGAGAGGUGAUGUAUGGAGAAUUUUACUGGAAGUUCAUCAAUACAUGGAAAACUUGCCAAAUGUUUACCAGGAAAUGAAAACUCGUGCACACAGUCAUUCAACAGAUAUAAGACAAAUUGAUCUGGACGUGAAUCGUACCUACCGUGAUCAUGUCAUGUUUAGAACCAGAUACAGUAUCAAGCAACAACAACUGUUCCACGUACUGGCAGCAUAUUCAAUGUAUAAUACAGAAGUUGGAUAUUGUCAGGGUAUGAGUCAGAUUGCUGCACUUUUACUCAUGUAUAUGAGUGAAGAGGAAGCCUUUUGGGCACUUCAUUCACUCCUAUAUGGUGAACGGCAUAAAAUGCAUGGAUUUUUUAUUCCUGGUUUUCCAAAAUUAAUGAGAUUUCAAAGUCAUCACGACCAUAUUUUGAAGAAAUAUAUGCCGAAACUCAAGAAACAUCUGGAUGAAAACGAGGUAUUUGCUAGUCUUUACACGAUGAAAUGGUUUUUUCAAUGCUUCCUCGAUCGAUCUCCUUUCUCACUUACAUUGAGAUUAUGGGAUAUUUAUGUUCUUGAGGGAGAAAAACUACUCACUACAAUGUCGUUUGCAACACUCAAGAUGCACAAAGCCUAUAUCAAAAGUCAAGACAUGGACGGUAUCGUUGGUUUCCUACAAGAAGAAUUAGUGAAAGAUUUUGGUGCUGGUGAUGAUGACGUUGUUGAACAUUUGAAGAGUUGCAUGAAUGAAUUGAAACGUGGUAACAUGGAUCAUCCUCCAGCACCAUCUGAAGAUGAAAAACCAAAACUACCAUUCGGAACUGAAUUCAUACCAAAUACUGAAAGAGUUUCUGGAAGUGUUAUACCAGAAUUUGCUAAACAUUCAGGUUACACCGAUACUUUUCUUCCUGAAGUGAAGAGAAGAACGAGUCAAAAGAAAAAGAGGGAGAAGGUGAAAAGAGGAAAAAGCAAAGUUGGCAAGAAUGCAAUCGUAGCAAAUGGAUCUGAACAUCAUGACGUUGUUCCCACAGUCAGUGUUAAGCCGAGCAAAUCUUUCAAUGAUCCUCUAGCUGUAAGUCGAUCACCAUUUUUGAGAAGAUCAAAGAAACCGGGUAAGACAGAGCGACAUAAAGACGAACAAACAAAACAACAAACCAAUGUCGACAACAAAGCUACAAAGAAGAAAGCCAACGACGAAAAUAAAAAGAAAACGAAAGAAACAAAUAAAAACAAACAACACAUGGAAGAUAAAGAACAAGACCUGAACAACGAAACCGAACAAAAAGAUUCAAAACAUAAAAAUAAGAACGAAAAUAAAGAAACAGACACACACAAACGCACAAAUGGUUCAGAUGUAAAACGAAAAGCCAUUGAUAAACUUACUUUAUCAAACAAUCACACAGAUACGGACAAUUCGAACCCACAAAAACAUUCUGAUAAUGAUAUCUCACUAUUGUCAGAUAAUAAUUCAAAUAAUUUCAAAGCAACAAACGGUCAUCGAAACAGCGGAAGUUAUAAUAAUCAUGACAGACACAUGAAGCCGUUUGUUCCUCCUAUCUUAGCCCACAAAGUUUCAUCAUCCGGCGAAUCACGUCUUUCCCCAGAUGACAAAUCAUCCGUUGAACUUAACACUUCCCAACCUCGAACGAACGAAAAAGUUGUUCCUAAAUGGAUCCCGCCUUCUCCAGAAAAGAAAGAACGUCAAGGGGUCAAAUCAGUAAAUAAGCAUAACUCAGGGGUACAUUUUGAUGACGUAUCAGAUGGUGUCUUUGACACUGACUCGGAGUCAAAAUCCUCACAUAAUGUUAAGAUGAGACAGAAGCCAUCUUACCUUCGAUCACAGAGUUCAGAUAUUUUUAACCAAUUUUCAGAUACUGAUAUGAAGGCGAAAACACCAUCGUUCACUCAACUUACACCAGUAAUAAACUCACUGGAGAAUGUUCAUAUGGUAUACAGAGGAAGUGGAUCUCCUAGUGAUUCUAGCAGCCACACAACUUCUCCAAGACAUAAUGAUCAAGAAUGGAAUCGACCACAAAGUUUUUAUGACAAUGUUCCGUAUCCUUACCAUCCUUCAGAAUAUCCAGAAGUUCCUGUCAUUCCGGAAUCCCCUGUAAGUGGUUCAUCAUCAUUCGAUCAUAUCCAUGGUGGCAAUGGUAGAAUGGAGCACACAUCGGACAAAAAACAUAGCAAAACAAAGUCAAGGUCUUCUGUUGAUAUGCAAGGUAAAGUACCACCUGUUCCAAGGAGCCGUUCUACUGCCAAUAAAACCAGUCAAAACAGGAUUAGACCGGAUUCAACUGGACUGACUGUAAAUGAUCAGAAAAUGUCGAAUAGUAAGAGUAUGGAUAAUUUAAAAGAAUGGCGAGAGAAAGAUAAAAGAUGGAAAAAGAGGAAUAAAAUUUCUAUGGCGACGAGUCAAAGUUCUGCAAACUUCCAUACUGUAGCUCGAAUUUCUUCCCCUAAGACACAUGAUUAUGAGGAUGACGUUUUUGGUCAUUCAUCGUCUCCGUCACCAUUCCAAAAAGCAGUGGUUGCAACUGGAAUAUUGAAUUCUCCAAAAAGCCCCCUGAAAGGUCGAAGAAUGAGCAGAGAAGAAAUCGUUACUGCAGCUGUGUUGUCACAAAUGGAAGCCAAAGCAGCAAAAUCAAGAAAACAACAUCGAAAAGCAAGAAAAGUGAACGCAAUAUCAGAAAGUACAAUGAAUGGCUAUGAAACAGGAAGUAAAACGAUGAAAAGUGCCCAAAUGAAUAAUAACAAUGGCUCAAAUGAAACCACUAGAUUGGCUACUAAAGUAGCACCAUAUAGGCCUGCAAUUUUGAUGAAAAGUCCUCAAAAGAAAUCACACAAAUCCAAUAAUAGAGCACUAAAUAUUAAAGCAGAAAAAGCAUGGAAAACUUCCGAAAUUGAUAUCAUAUCAGAUGAGCAUUUACAACAAAUUCAAAGUCGACGAAGCUUUUCAGCUGAACAUCUCGACAAUAUUAGCUCUCCUCAAGAACACAAUGUAACUUUAAGAUCAUUUCCAUCUCUGCAUGCAAUGCCGUAUCAAAAGCAAUCGACUGAUGUUAAUGGGGUUGCUUUCUAUUCUCGUCAUCCGAUUUCAAAUUCAGCCACACAUGAUAAUAAUAUGAUUCAGAUAUCAAAUUUUCCUGUAGCAAGGUAUGACGCAUCACCUACAGGUGAAAAAUGGAUAAAUAUAACAAGAUAUUCACCAGAACAUUCUCCUCAACCUUCAAAAAACGACUAUAAUAGAUCACCGGGACUUUCAAAAACUUCCAAAGCUGACAUCAAUGAACUUUUAUCAGCAGGAAUCAACGCUGACCCAAACUUAAUAAAUCGCUAUGAAAUGUCUUCCAAACAUUCAACUGUUUCCGCUGUUUAUCCUAAAACUCAUUCACACACGGUGAGCCGAACAAAAGCGUACCGUCCCAAUGACAAUACCUCGAACCGCAGAAGAAGUGUUAACACGGGUGUACAGACUGAUGAAAGUAGGUUACUGUAAGAUUUGAACACCAUAUUUUUCUAAGUAAAUGCACUUAUUAUGUAGUGAUUGAGUGUUUCUACGACUGCUAUAAUAUUAUCAAAAUACAGUGACAUCUCGGUAGUCGAAUAUUAUUCGUUCACGAUUGGUGUUCGAGUACCGAAACUUUUUUGCCAUGAGAAAUAGUAAUUAUUUCAAUUUUUCCUCUGCAUUCCAAAAUAUAAACAAAACUUGUUUCUAGACAACAAUAAAUAUUUAAAUGUGUACAUAAAAGAUUGAAUAUAAUCAGAAUGAAAAUAGGAAAAUUUUUGUAUCAGUUACUGUACGUUCAAGCAAAUCUCUGUGGGUUCUAUGGAAUUCGUUCAAGUACCACAGCAUUUUUGACUAUAAAAUUUUUUGGUCAACUACUGAAUAGUUAAAGAGUAUUGAGUCGUUUGACUACCGGGGUAUCACUGUUCGCUUAAACAAAGGCCUGCCUAAUGUUGGGAUAUGCUUAACACACACAAAUAAUAAGGUAACUGUGACCCUACUUUUGGCCAAACCCUUUAUCUCUGAAGUGUUUCAUCAAUCUUGGUGUUCUUAUAUUUUAUUUAAUUCCUCUAUUGCUUACUUGUUUUGAGCUCCAUGAACAACUUAAAAUUAUCACGUCCCAUUUCUAUCAUUCGUCAGUACUGUAGCAAUGCUUCUAUUUCUUGCUUUACCAGAACAAGUUUUAUGUAUCAAUUCAUGAAGAACCCUAGUUCAUUAGCAAAUGUUUUAUGUCUUCGACACUUUUGAUCUGAGUAAAGCCCUGCCUACUAUCAGUUAAAAAUAAGAUAUACUCAGUUCGGAAGAAAAAGAUUCGUUUUUUUUUAGCGUAGUGUAUCCAAUUUCUUUCAUAUUAGACUAAGUGGUGAAUUUGAUUUGAAGUGGCAUCUGUAACAACCAGGGAUACCCAUAUUAGUAGUCCAGCGUUUCUCAAACUUUUUCGCCCCGGAACACCUACGCUUUUUAUCUCGCCUCGUUUAGAUAGCAAGGCUUAUCUUUAUCUGCCUGUUUGUCGCCAGUUGGGAGACAAAUUUAUGACCCAGAGGUGCUGAAGUACAGCCGAGAUUGCUCUGGUGACCAAUUUAUUCGCAAUUUCGAUUCCUGUCCUGCGGAACACUACAAAGAAACUCGCAGACCACAGUUUGAGAAACGCUGUAGUAGGCAAUCAGGCUAAUCACUGGUCAUAUAUAUACCCUUUCUCAACAUAUCAAAGAGUUUAAUUUUUGGAAAGCAAUUUGAAAAUAUUUAUACAUUCAAAGCCUCCAUUUACAGAUAUAGCCCUUUUCAUGACAAUCUGACAUCUAUAUAGUUCAAUGUGCAUAAGAUGAUUGGUAACUAUGGUAACUAAGAAGAAUAUAUUGUAUGAAUAUAUCGUAUGCUUCCGCAGUAUUAUUUCUUUUUUGUCAUUUUGUUUUGGUUGUUUGUUGUGCCAUGUUUCAUUCUUCUGAAACCUAUUUUUAGCGUAUGCAAUCAUAGUAAGUUGAAUACAUUUUUUUUUUGAUUUUACAGUCUUUAGUGUUAGGACAAGUUAAAUUUUAAACCAUUUUUUAAGUGGCAAGCGAAGAAUAAAAAAAUUGCUAAAUUUGAGGGGUAGUCUACUAAUUUUUAGGAUGAAUAAAUAGUAAAUGAACAAAAUCUCUUUAUCAUAUAAUAUUGCUUUGUUAUUACUAUCGCUAUGCACAAAAGCUACUUAACUUAAAUCUUGAACCGGGCACUCAAUUUGCAGAUUUCUUCAUAUACAACAGCGGUUCUCUCGAGCGGGUCACAGAGCAGUUGUUGGGGCCACAAUGCAUGACGAAAUGCUGAUUUUACCUCGCGCUCUUCCUAUUUUCAUUGCUUGAGAAGGUUAUUGCCCAUGGUGUUUUCACUUUAUUGACCAUGAGUUGUUUGAACAUAUGGGAAUCGACAAAUCAAAAUAACACUAUGAAUACCACUGGAAUAAUAAACGGGCCCAUGAGAGAUAAAAGCCUUCAGAAGGGAGCCAGGACCCAUGAGAGGUUGUUGGGAACCACUGAUGUACAGCAUUAAAUUGUUUUAAGAUUCUUCAACAGAACUAGCUCUUUUUUUGGCUGUAAUAUAAUACCAAUAUUCCAAGCACUUUGCAGCGAUUUUAUAAAAGUUGAAAUCAUUUAAACUAUUUCUAAAGUUUUGCUCGUACUGGCCGACGGACGUUUUGCCCACGGGUGUUUGUAUACUGAUCUGGUCUCGGUUAAGUGGCUUGGCGGAUCAAACAAUAAUUAUUCAACAUUCAUUUAGUUUCGUCUGCUAUCAUACUCAAUUCUUUAAACAAACCAAAGUUCUCUCUUUGCUUUAUAUUCUUUAUUCGUUUCUUGGUAUUUAUUUUGUCCAUCAUUGGCAUAGUAUAAUAGUACCUAUUAUAUUUACAAUUUAUUAUAAUUACAAAUAUUGCAUAAAUUUUACAUUUUCACACAAUUUUUCUUUAUUUUUUUGUGCGAAAAAAUACUAAUUAUAGCCAAAGCAUGGCUAGUAACCCUGUUUUGUUCAUUUAUGAUUAUUUUCUUUUAUUUGUCAAACUUAUUUUUCUCUCAUACCUAGCUAUAAGAUUAUUGCCGAUCAAGUUUGUCCCUAGCAUGACAUAGACUUUAUUGUCAGAAACUGCAAUCCAUGCUUGGUUGGUUAUAUAUUUUUCUAGCUGAGGUAGAACCAUAUAUAGUAUUGUUUUUUAAUAUAAUAAUGAUACUGGAUUUUAUUAAAGAUAUUGGAAUAUUCUUAUUCAA